AUGUCUAGCAGUCUUCUGACAACCAUUAUCGUAUAUAUCGCUAUUGGUGGCGGUGUUGCUCUUGCUUUGGUAGUCUCCGUAGCAUACUACAUCGUCAGAAAAGUUGUGGAGCGUACCGAAGAAAAGAACGCCAUGCUGAUGAAAACUGAAGACUAUUUCCCAUCAAGAUCUCUUAGUACAAGGGUUCCAAUGGCGAAUAUGUCUGCUAUUAAUAAGGGAUCCAUUAUCCCAGCCAAAGCUGCUUCCAUUAAGGAAAAUCCUUUUGCAGAAGAUAGUGUUGAGUAUUUGGAGAAACCAGGAGUCGCUGUCUACGCUGAAAGCAGAAGUUCGUAUUCUAGCAGCGAUGAAAGUUUCAGCAAUACUCCAGCUGGUUCCAACAGGGGUAGUAUUUAUAUCGAGAGUCCAGUUGAAUCAAACAGGGGGAGUUUCAAUCACCAAAAAAUUUGA